ACGACUUCCUGUUUACUCGACGUGGCGAGAGCGACAGCGGUUUGGAAAAGUUCCCGUCCUUCCGGAGCAAAAAUCAUAACUUUCGCGGCUUCAGAGACAGCCUACUGGUGUUUGUGUGCAAGACUAGGGUUCAAGUUUGUUCAGAAGAUCUCGGAGGAUGUCGACAAGCAGUGUCCAGAGUUUGGGUGACGUCAGCGGAAAGGCGAAAAACGAUUCUUCUGUGCGAUCUGUCAGAAAGGAGAAACGCUACAGGUGUGAGGAGUGCAGCAAGCAGUUCAGUCGGCUGGGUAAUCUGAAAACACACGUUCGGACUCACACAGGGGAGAAACCUUACAAGUGUGAGGAGUGCAGCAGACAGUUCAGUCGGCUGAAUGAUCUAAAGAGACACAUGGGGACUCACACCGGUAAGAAACCCUACAGGUGUGAGGAGUGUAGCAAACAGUUCAGUCAGCUGGGUCAUCUGAAGAGUCACAUGCGGACUCAUACAGGGGAGAAACCCUACAGUUGUGAGGAGUGCAGCAAGCAGUUCAGUCAGCUGGGUGAUCUGAAGACACAUAUACGGACUCACACAGGGGAGAAACCCUACAGAUGUGAGGAGUGCAGCAAGCAGUUCAGUCAGUUGGGUGAUCUGAAGAAACAUAUACGGAUUCACACAGGGGAGAAACCCUACAAGUGUGAGGAAUGCAGCAAGCAGUUCAAUCAGCUGCGUAAUCUAAAGACACACAUGCGGACUCACACAGGGGAGAAACCCUACAAAUGUGAGGAGUGCAGCAAGCAGUUCAGUCAGCUGAGUGAUCUGAAGACGCACAUGCGGACUCACACGGGGGAGAAGCCCUACCAGUGUGAGGAGUGCAGCAAGCAGUUCAGUCAGCUGGGUGCUCUGAAAAUCCACAUGCGGACUCACACAGGUGAAAAACCCUACAGGUGUGAGGAGUGCAGCAAGCAGUUCAGUCAUGUAGGUGCUCUGAAGAGUCACAUGCGGACUCACACAGGGAAGAAACCCUACAAGUGUGAGGAGUGCAGCAGGCAGUUCAGUCUGUUCGAUAGUCUGAAGAAACACAUACAGACUCACACAGGUGAGAAACCUUACAGGUGUGAGGAGUGUAGCAAGCAGUUUAGUCAGAAGAGUAAUCUGAAGAAACACAUGCGGACUCACAAUGGGGAGAAACCUUACAAGUGUGAGGAGUGCAGCAGGCAGUUCAGUCUUUUCCAUCAUCUGAAGACUCACAUGCGGACUCACACAGGCGAGAAACCCUACAAGUGUGGGGAGUGCAGCAGUCAGUUUAUUGAGCUGAGUGGUCUGAAAAGACACAUGCGAACCCACACAGGGGAGAAGCCCUACAAGUGUGAGGAAUGCAGCAGGCAGUUUAGUGAGCUGAGUACUCUGAAGAAACACAUGCGGACUCACACAGGCGAGAAACCCUACAAAUGUAAAGAAUGCAGUUGGCAGUUUAGUCAGCAGGGUGCUCUGAAAAGCCACAUGCGGACUCACACGGGUGAGAAGCCUUACAAGUGUGAGGAGUGCAGCAAGCAGUUCAGUCGGCUGGAUGAUCUAAGGAGGCACAUGCGGACUCACACAGGGGAGAAACCUUACCAGUGUGAGGAGUGCAACAGGCAGUUUAGUCAGCUGGGACAUCUGAAGACUCACAUGCGAACUCACACAGGUGAGAAACCCUACAGGUGUGAGGAGUGCAGCAAGCAGUUUCGUCAGCGGGGUGUUUUGAAGAAACACAUGCGAACUCACACAGGGGAGAAACCCUACAGGUGUGAGGAGUGCAGCAUGAGGUUCAGAGAGCUGAUUCAUCUGAAGACACACAAACGGACUCACACAGGGGAGAAGCCCUACAAGUGUGAGGAGUGCAGCAGGCAGUUCAGUCAGCCUGGGAGUCUGAAAAGUCACAUGCGCACUCACACAGCGGAGAAACCCUACAGGUGUGAGGAGUGCAGCAGGCAGUUUAGUCAGCUGUGUAAUCUGAAGAAACACAUGCGGACUCACACAGGUGAGAAACCCUACAAUUGUGAGAAGUGCAGCAGGCAGUUCAAUGAGCUGGGUGCUCUGAAGACUCACAUGCGGACUCACACAGGGGAGAAACCGUACAAGUGUGAGGAGUGCAGCAGGCAGUUCAGUGAGCUAGGUGCUCUGAAAAGACACAUUCGUACUCACACAGGGGAGAAACCCUACAAGUGUGAGGAGUGCAGCCGGGAGUUCAGUCAUCUGUGUCAUCUGAAGAAACAUAUACGAACUCACACAGGUGAGAAACCCUACAGGUGUGAGGAGUGCAGCAGGCAGUUCAGUCGGCUUGGGAAUCUGAAGACUCACAGGCAAACUCACACAGGGGAGAAACCCUACAAGUGUGAGGAGUGUAGCCGGCAGUUCAGCCGGCUGGAACAUCUGAAGGAACACAUACGGACUCACACAGGAGAGAAGCCCUACAAGUGUGAGGAGUGCAGUACGCAGUUCAGUCUGCUGGAUUUGACCAAGGAGAAGUUACACAAGAUCAAGGAGGAUGUCGACAACAAGCAGUGCCCAGCGUUCGGGUGA